GAACCGACCGAGGCACAUAGCUAGACAGAAUGCAGAGUAGAGAAACAAAAAAUCCUAAAACUCAAGAAAUCAGGUAAAUAAUCUGUCCACAAGCAACAACUCUUCUAAUGGAUUAUUCAUCUCAGCAAAACCAAUAUCCUUACCAUUCGUCACAACCCUAUAACCCAUCUCAUUUUCAACCCUAUGAUCGCCAAUCCAGUUACCCCAAUUAUCAGUACCAACAAGGCCAUCAUCAACGGAAACAACAACCACCACAGCAGUAUCAACAACCCCAACAGCAAUACCAACAAGGUCCACAUCAACAGAAACAACAACCACCACAGCAGUAUCAACAAUCCCAACAGCAAUACUCAUCGUAUUAUGCUCCUAAUUAUUCAAAUACAUAUCAUCCACAACAACACCCACAAACCCAUCAACAAUGGCGUUAUCAAACACCGCCGAUUCAUCCACCGGGAGUUUCAAGUCAACCCUCUUCCUCAUCACAUGGACAAGUACAUGUUCAGUUACCGUAUCAGCAGAAUUUGCCCCAAAGGGCAGAUGGGGUCGGGCUAGGGCUGAACCCGGCGCCAGUUCUGGCUGUGGCAGCGUUGGCACAACUCACCCAGCAUCUGGGCUUGCACUGGCAAAGUUGCUAUCCCCAGGCUGAAGGGUCAGGACCCGUGAUUGGUGGGCCGGGGCCGGGUUUGGGAGCCGGUGCACGUCCUGGUCUUGGUCCGGGCCCAUCUCGAUUGCUUUCGCAUGCUGGUCAAUCAUUGGAUAAGGGCGGUACAAGGGGUGGUGGUCAGCCCAAAAGUGGUGGUAGGGGUAAAUUUAGCAAUAUUGCUGGAGUUGCUAGGUGUGAAUUGUGCAAGAUUGAUUGUGGUAAGAUGAGCAGCCUUAAGCAUCACGAGAGUGGUAAGCGGCACAGAAAGAAUUUGAAAAAAUUGGAAGCAGAAAACAAAACCGUUAGUGAUAUCCAGAAUGUACAGAAACCUUCUGGUGAUUUAAAACCAGGAACAAACAUGAAGCUUGAUGGUCAGCACAAAAGUGGUGGUAGGGGUCAAUUUAGCAAUAUUGCUGGAGUUGCUAGGUGUGAAUUGUGCAAGGUUGAUUUUGGUAAGAUGAGCAGCCUUAAGCAGCACGAGAGUGGUAAGCGGCACAGAAAGAACUUGAAAAAAUUGGAAGCAGAAAACAGAACUGUUAGUGAUAUCCAGAAUGUACACAAACCUUCUGGUGAUUUAAAACCAGAAACGAACAUGAAGCCUGAUGAUUUGCCUAAGGAAGAAGAGACUAAGCAGAAGCCGCCAGAAAAUAUUCCUUUAGACACCGUACCGUCCGAAAUUAAAUUAGGAACUGAAGUUAAAAUCAAUGAUGCACAAUGCGAUGUAGUUCAAACGUGUGGUUUGAAACGCAAGAUGCUAGAUGAUGGAGGGCAGGAAAAGAAAAUUUCCAAAGCAAAGAGGCGGCUGAUUGAACCUCCCAAACCCAAGGUUGUGAUUCCUUUGAUGUGUGACCUGUGCAAUGUGAAAUUUGAUACACGAGAGAAUCUUAGAAGUCAUCUUUUGGGUAGAAAGCACAAGUCAAAGCUCAAGUGCUUUGAAGGACGACUUGGACUUCAAGCACUUUAUCCCCCUAAUCCUAUCACACAAACCGCAUACCAUUGGCAGGGUGUUCAACAAAUUUUUAAUGGCACACAAGUUUCAGAUCCCAUUGCUGGUGCUUCUGUUCUUCCUCAGACUCACAAUGCCACACCUUCUGCAACAGAUGUAACUUCUGAUUCUCAGCAAAAUCCCAACCCUUGAGUGUCCAAAUUUUGGUUCCUGAAUUUUGGCCACGAGAAUUUUUUUUGUUGUUGUUAAAUCUCUGCAGGAGUCAGCAUCAUUUGAUAUGGAAGCAAGGCAACUAUUAUACUGCAGAGAAGUUAUACUCCAUCUGUGAACAUGGGUAAGUACUACUACAUUUAUGUAAAGGCAGGUCAGCAGCAGGUGAUGUCCAUUUGGUAAAAGUGUUGUUUAGGACAUGUAUAGCUCAGUGCUGGGCAACUGAGGAGCUCCUCCUACCCCUUAACUUUCUCGAGUUUACACGUUGAAGGUACAAACGAAGCCAGCUUUAACGUAUUCCUUCCCUCACUCCCCCUUUCAUUCGCUGGGGAGUAGUGGAUCAAUGGCCUCUGUUAAGGGGCUUAAGGCACAUUUUGCUGCAUAGUAACUUCUGGGUUUCUAGUUAAAGGGAAAUUGCUCUUUUGGUA